AUGGCAGACUCGACUGACCCCAAGCCGGCUACGGCGCCUGUUGUGGACGAUGCGACCACCACAAACGCAACCGAAAGCAGUGGCGAGCCCCAAGGAGAGUCCCACAGCGACCGCAAACGCAAGCGAUUCCAGGACGACGGACUCAAAUUUGGUCGCGGUGGUAAGAAGAGAGAUAUGGGCAGGAACGCGUGGUCACGAGAGCAGCCAGACCGAAGAACCCGCAACGACGAAGAGAAGAAGAAGCCGCGUCCUGAGAACUCGGUCCUCCCUGCACCCUUCGCCCAAGAUGAGAUUGCUGCAGAAGAGCGCAAGCCCAAGCGCAAGGUCGCCGUCUUGAUCGGAUACAGUGGUACUGGCUACAAGGGCAUGCAGAUCAACACAACCGAAAAGACGAUUGAAGGCGAUUUGUUCACGGCCUUUGUCCAAGCUGGAGCCAUCUCCAAGGCAAACGCUGAUGACCCCAAGAAGUCGGCACUCGUCAGAUGUGCCCGUACCGACAAGGGCGUCCACGCCGCAGGAAACAUGAUUUCGCUCAAGUUGAUUGUUGAAGACCCCGACAUUGUCCAAAAGAUCAACUCGCAUCUAUCACCACAAAUCAGAGUCUGGGGAAUUGAAAGAACAAUCGGCAGUUUCAGCUGCUAUCAAGUCUGCGACAGCCGCUGGUACGAGUAUCUGAUCCCAUCACACGCCUUCUUGCCCCCUCACCCGAGUAGCUGGAUGGCCAGAAACCUGGAGGAGGCUGCCGACGAGGUUGGUGACCGUCAAGGUUACGAGUCGCGUCAAGCCGAGGUCAAGGACUUCUGGAAGACUGUCGAAGAGCGUGACAUCAAGCCUAUUGUCGAUGCUCUGGACGACGACGACAUUCGUGAACUGGUCCUACAAGCUAUUCACGAGCCUUCCGACUUCAAUCCUGAUGGAGAACAGCAGGACAAGCAAGAGGAGCAGGUCAAGCAAACUGCUGAUGUCAACACAUCAACACCCGCAGAUACCGAGGCCAAGCCAGAAGAUGCUGCCGAAACUGCUGGCACAACAGACACUCCCAUGCCCGAUGAGCCUGCCACUCUUGAAAGCACAAGCAUCCCUACAGAGCAAAAGAAGCGUAUCGAGGCCGCUGUUAAACAGCUCAAGAUUGCUUACAACACUGCUCGUCGCGCGUACCGUAUCCCUGAUGUGCGUAUCGCUCGUGUGCAAGCCGCUCUCGACUCUUACAUUGGCACUCGCAACUACCACAACUUCACAAUUCAAAAGACAUACAAGGAUCCUUCAGCCAAACGUAACAUCAAGUCUUUUGUCUGCAACCCGAAGCCCAUCAUCAUCAACGGAACCGAAUGGUUGUCGCUAAAGGUUCACGGUCAGUCGUUCAUGAUGCACCAGAUUCGCAAAAUGGUCGGUAUGGUCGCAUUGACUAUCCGCUGUGGCGCUCCCAUCGAACGCAUUGUCGAGGCUCAGGGCGACCAGAAGAUCAGCAUCCCCAAGGUUCCUGGUUUGGGUCUAUUGCUCGAGCGUCCUGUUUUCGACAGCUACAACGAUAUCCAGGCUGUCAAGCACGACAAGGAGAAGCUUGACUUUGGCAAGUACGAGAAGGAGCUCGAGGAGUUCAAGCAGAGGGAGAUCUAUCAAAGAAUUUUCGCUGAAGAAGAGAGAGACAACACAUUCCACCUCUUCUUCAACCAGAUCGACAACUACAAGGAACGCCACUUCUUGUACUUGACGUCAAAGGGUCUGGAUGCUAUCAAGGGUGCUGGCAAGUUGGACGAGCAGAGAGCAGCCAAGUCGAAGAACGAUGGCGCCGAUGCCAUGGAGAUGCAGUAG